GCGCGCUUCCCGGAUGAUGUAUGAGUGCAGCCGGCGCGCGGCGAUGGGGUUCGGCGCGCGUCGGGCGCUCCGCUUCCUUCUCCUGCUGCUGCUGCCUGUGUCCGGGGCGGCGGGCGCGGGUCUGGCUGCGCUGCCGCUAGUCGUCAACACCUGGGCAUUUAGGAAAGCAACGGAAACAGCAUGGUAUACCUUACAGUCAGGAGGCUCUGAGCUGGAUGCAGUAGAGAGAGGCUGCGGUCAGUGUGAGACUGAUCAGUGUGAUGGAAGUGUGGGGUUUGGAGGAAGUCCAGAUGAACAUGGAGAAACAACAUUGGAUGCCAUGAUUAUGGAUGGCAACACCAUAGAAGUUGGGGCAGUAGCAGAUCUCAGACGUAUAAAAAAUGCUAUUGGUGUAGCACGGAAAGUGAUUAAGCAUACUAAGCAUACAUUAUUAGUGGGGGAGUCAGCCUCACUGUUUGCAGAAAGCAUGGGAUUUCCAUGUGAAGAUUUAACCACACAGAAUUCUCUUUCAAUAUAUUUAAAGUGGCUUAAUCAAAACUGUCAGCCAAACUACUGGAAGAAUGUAAUACCAGAUGCUUCAAAAUCCUGUGGACCAUACAAACAGGCUAAACAAUUAAAUAGUGAAGAAUGGAUCAACUCACAGAAAAGAAUAAAUAUUCAUAAUCAUGAUACAAUUGGCAUGAUUGUAAUUGGUGGUUCCGGAAAUGUUGCAGUGGGGACAUCUACAAAUGGUGCAGUCCACAAAAUCCAGGGUCGUGUAGGGGACUCGCCAAUAGCUGGAGCUGGAGCCUAUGCUGAUAGUACAACUGGAGGAGCGGCAGCCACCGGAGAUGGUGAUAUCAUGAUGCGCUUUUUGCCCAGCUAUCAAGCAGUGGAAUAUAUGAGGACAGGAACAGAUCCAACUACAGCUUGCCAGAAAGUUAUUUCCAGGAUCCAGAAGUAUGUUCCAUACUUCUUUGGUGCUGUUAUCUGUGCCAACACAACUGGAAGUUAUGGUGCUGCCUGCAAUAAAGUUCCAGGAUUCACUCAGUUUCACUUCAUGGUUUAUAGUCCUUUGCUAAAUCAGCCAUCUGAGCAAGUAGUAGACUGCAUUUAAUUUUUAUUGUACCAACUGCAUUUACAGUUAAACACGAAGGAGGAAAAAAAGGCUGAAAAGGCUCACUGACUGCCAUUUUACAAAGUGUUUGCAGUUUCCUUUUGCACAGAUAUUUGAGGAAGAGUAAUGUAUGUGGAGAUAGCACAUAUCUCUCUCCUUUUUUUAAUAUAUUUUGUUUUAUUACCAUGUCACCAAUAUGUUAGUAAACUUGAUUUGUAGUUUC